GUGCGUGACCCCUCUCCGUCUCGGUCAGUCGCUUUCGCGUCGUUGGUUCGUUCGUUUAUGUGGUUACGAAUUCGAGUGAAAAUCACGUUUGUAUACAGAUGUGAUUAUUUUAAUAAGUGAUUCUAAACAAACAUACAGAGACAUUGAGCGAGAGAUUACAUUUGAUAUAAAAGUGUUUGGUGUUCUAUCCUUGGCAAAGAUCUUUCGAAAUGGGCGCCAUUGGCGGGAUUAAAAACCUCACGCUUUUCGCGGCAUUUCUACUCUUCGUCGAAUGUGUCCACAGUUUAAAAUGCUAUCAAUGCAUCAGUACAAACAACACCGAUCCCUUCCAAUGCAACGAAUUUCUCUCGAGCGACGUCAAUAUCACACCGCAGCCUUGCGAUGCUGUUUUCGGGGCGCAGUAUUGCGUGAAGCACACUGGCCGAUUCGAGGCUACUUGUUUGGAUUGCUACCAAUGCACAUCGGAAGAAGAACUCGGCUGUGGAGAUAGCAAUUUGGUUCUAAGUACCUUACAACCGGCAAACUGCAGUCACGUAUACGAUGCACGGUAUUGCAUCAAAUCAAUCGAACUAUAUGGAGGUGGAAUAGGAACGAAACGAUUCUGUUCAGCACGAGAUCUGGGAAAUUAUUGCGAUUACGUGAAUCGACAGGGUGACAAAUUGACUUACCGAACCUGCAUCUUCAGCUGCGCCGGAGACGGAUGCAAUCCAGCGGCCAUCUUGAAACCAAGUAUCGCACCGAUGUUAUUACUUGGUUUAUUCGCCGCGUAUAAAUUAUUUUUCACAUGGUAAAUAUUCUCUCACUGGAUAACAUUUUUCUAAACGUACAUUUUGUGCGUUCAGAUUUCUUCUAAAAAUCUAUUCCGUCCAUGAUUUAUUAACACGAAAUAUUGCGAAUGUUUAUAAUCUACGAUGUACUUUAGGGAACUAUGUGGUUCGCACGUGAUUUGUUUUAUAGGAUAACACCAACGUGCCUUUUCUUUUUAACAAACUAUUAAAAAGCAAAGGUAUUGAUCAGUAGUUACCGUAAUAAUUGUAGUUUUAACGAAUUUUAUAUUCAGAUUUAAUCUGCAUCGUCAAUGCUUGUUUCCAACUUGUUACUUGACUGCAAAUACGCUUAUUCUUGUUUAAAGCAAUCGUGUCUCGCGUAGCACGGCAACACAUUCUAAUAUUUAGAAUUUAUCAAUAAGUUUUGAACAAUCAGUAUGUCUGUAAUAUGAAUUACAAACUUUACAUUAAGUUUCCAUUUGUACACAAGCAAUUCAAUUGUGUACUUACAUAUAGAUAUUUUUAUAGCAGUUUUUUUUUAUUAUUAAUUUAACGACAAUCUAGAUUACUUAUUUUUGUAUAUUUUUGUACAAAAUACGAAUCUUUUUGUAACGUUUGAACAAUGUAGAUACAAAAAACCUAAACAUUUUCAUUUUUAUCCUCUAAUUUCUUCUUUCUCUGCAAUUCUGUAUGAUUAAGCUUAUUGUUAGAGACUAAGGGCUUGUUCUGUAUAAAUCACAAGAUAAUACAAAUGCGAUCGAAUGCAUUGUUCUUUAUUUUCAUCGAACAAGAAUCCCCCAUUCAUCUUACAUACACAAACUUGGUUUUUCUGGCGUAUAAAUAUAUGAUAUAGUCGAUCAACUGGUGAUAACAAAAUUGUCUCACGACGAUCCGUAAUAAGGUACUUGCACGUUCUUUGGUAUAUCCAUGUUUAUACAGCGAACGGUACAUAGAAUAGCACUUUUUGAUACGACGAUACACGUGUCCGUUUUAAUGUGCCUGCCUUAAGCAAAAGUUCUCCGUCGAGAUGAAAGUUUAGGUUAAUUACUGCGAAACUGAUCGCUUGCAAAGCAGCUUUCAUAAUACAAAUUAUACGUUUUUUUUUCUUUUCUUGCAAAGAAGAAUACACACAUAUUCGUAUAAGCUUUAUCGUAUAGAAAUUUCUCUCUUUAUAGUUGUAAAAUGAAAAAAAAGCGCACACACACAAGCAUAAUAUCGGUAAUAUUAAGAUACCAAACGACCAACACAAUACGUAGUCCACUAUGCUUGAUAACAUCUGUAUGUAUGGCUGUGUUUGAAGUAAAUGAAACACAGAGCGAAACAUUUCAAAGCGAUAUUUUUUUCCAUUAAAACAACUCUCGU